AUGAACGAAGUUACGAUUAUUUGUUUCGAGACGUCUCGAAGCAAAUCCUCUUUCACGCUGUUUCAGUACUUUGAGAUGCGGGAUGUGAUGAUGGAUUGGAACAGAGUGGUGUUCAACAGCUCCAUGCACUUCUUCCGCCAUGCCGGCUUCUUUGAUGCUGAGUUCACCUACCCCAGCGUCAACACAACAGUGCAGCGCGUGGGGCGCAUGUUCACCUACCCCACCGGCAACACAACAGUCCUGCGCGUGGGGCGCAUGUUCACCUACCCCACCGCCAACACCACGGUGCAGCGGGUGGGGCGCAUGGUGAGCAUGCUGUACACGCCCGCCACGAGCUUCUACCACUCCAUCAUCGAGUGGGUGCCCCAGUGGCUCGUGCUGAGAGAGCUGCUGGAAGAACAUCCGAAUAUACUCAUUGUCAUGCGCGCGGCUCAGCUCCAGCUGUACAACAAUACCUUAAAGCACAUAGUUGGAGUGGAGCCAGCGCACAUGAACCUGCUCGUACUUGACUGGCAGCACCGCCACACCCUCUUCCUCACCCAGGCACUCUAUCAGCCUGUCUACCGCUGCUGCGGCCGAGCCACACCCACUAUUUGGCGCUUCCUCCGCCGAAACUUUUUCCUUCCGCCCGACGGGCUGCCCAUAUACGAGCCCGAAAGUUUCCGCCUCCGCCGAACCUCCCCACUUAAUUACCAAGACAUAACAGACUUACUUAGCCAGCGUGAGGAACAACAGUCACAACAUCCCCGGCGGCUCGACGUGCUGAAGCCCGGACCUCUGCCGAGCCUAGCGGAGACGUUCGGGAUGACGACGGGGCUGAACUGGGUGACGAUCCUGGUUCGGAGGCCCGGGAAUCUGUCUAGAAAUCUGGAGGAGAGUGUGUAUGAGAGGGUGGAGGGGUGGAUGAGGAAGGAGUUUGGGGAGAGGCGAGUGGUGGUGUUUGAUGGAACUCUGCCUCUCAUGGAAGCUUCUAGACUUCUGACAAGUAUUACGAACCUCCCCUUAUUUUCACAGAAACCCGAAUUCUCCCCUCCAUCUCUGCCCCCCUCCAUCUCUGCCCCCCUCCAUCUCUGCCCCCCUCCAUCUCUGCCCCCCUCCAUCUCUGCCCCCCUCCAUCUCUGCCCCCCUCCAUCUCUGCCCCCCCUCCAUCUCUGCCCCCCUCCAUCUCUGCCCCCCUCCAUCUCUGCCCCCCUCCAUCUCUGCCCCCCUCCAUCUCUGCCCCCCUCCAUCUCUGCCCCCCUCCAUCUCUGCCCCCCUCCAUCUCUGCCCCCCUCCAUCUCUGCCCCCCUCCAUCUCUGCCCCCCUCCAUCUCUGCCCCCCUCCAUCUCUGCUCCCCUCCAUCUCUGCCCCCCUCCAUCUCUGCCCCCCUCCAUCUCUGCCCCCCUCCAUCUCUGCCCCCUCCAUCUCUGCCCCCCUCCAUCUCUGCCCCCCUCCAUCUCUGCCCCCCCUCCAUCUCUGCCCCCCUCCAUCUCUGGCCCCCCUCCAUCUCUGCCCCCUCCAUCUCUGCCCCCCUCCAUCUCUGCCCCCCUCCAUCUCUGCCCCCUCCAUCUCUGCCCCCCUCCAUCUCUGCCCCCCUCCAUCUCUGCCCCCCUCCAUCUCUGCCCCCCUCCAUCUCUGCCCCCCUCCAUCUCUGCCCCCUCCAUCUCUGCCCCCCUCCAUCUCUGCCCCCCUCCAUCUCUGCCCCCCUCCAUCUCUGCCCCCCUCCAUCUCUGCCCCCCUCCAUCUCUGCCCCCCUCCAUCUCUGCCCCCCUCCAUCUCUGCCCCCCUCCAUCUCUGCCCCCCUCCAUCUCUGCCCCCUCCAUCUCUGCCCCCCUCCAUCUCUGCCCCCCUCCAUCUCUGCCCCCCUCCAUCUCUGCCCCCCUCCAUCUCUGCCCCCCUCCAUCUCUGCCCCCCUCCAAUCUCUGCCCCCCUCAUCUCUGCCCCCCUCCAUCUCUGCCCCCCUCCAUCUCUGCCCCCCUCCAUCUCUGCCCCCCUCCAUCUCUGCCCCCCUCCAUCUCUGCCCCCCUCCAUCUCUGCCCCCUCCAUCUCCAUCUCUGCCCCCCUCCAUCUCUGCCCCCCUCCAUCUCUGCCCCCCUCCAUCUCUGCCCCCCUCCAUCUCUGCCCCCCUCCAUCUCUGCCCCUCCAUCUCUGCCCCCUCCAUCUCUGCCCCCCUCCAUCUCUGCCCCCCCUCCAUCUCUGCCCCCCUCCAUCUCUGCCCCCCUCCAUCUCUGCCCCCCUCCAUCUCUGCCCCCCCUCCAUCUCUGCCCCCCUCCAUCUCUGCCCCCCUCCAUCUCUGCCCCCCCUCCAUCUCUGCCCCCCUCCAUCUCUGCCCCCCUCCAUCUCUGCCCCCCUCCAUCUCUGCCCCCUCCAUCUCUGCCCCCCUCCAUCUCUGCCCCCCCUCCAUCUCUGCCCCCCUCCAUCUCUGCCCCCUCCAUCUCUGCCCCCCUCCAUCUCUGCCCCCCUCCAUCUCUGCCCCCCUCCAUCUCUGCCCCCCUCCAUCUCUGCCCCCCUCCAUCUCUGCCCCCUCCAUCUCUGCCCCCCCUCCAUCUCUGCCCCCCUCCAUCUCUGCCCCCCUCCAUCUCUGCCCCCCUCCAUCUCUGCCCCCCUCCAUCUCUGCCCCCCCUCCAUCUCUGCCCCCCUCCAUCUCUGCCCCCCUCCAUCUCUGCCCCCCUCCAUCUCUGCCCCCCUCCAUCUCUGCCCCCUCCAUCUCUGCCCCCCUCCAUCUCUGCCCCCCUCCAUCUCUGCCCCCCUCCAUCUCUGCCCCCCUCCAUCUCUGCCCCCCUCCAUCUCUGCCCCCCUCCAUCUCUGCCCCCCUCCAUCUCUGCCCCCCUCCAUCUCUGCCCCCUCCAUCUCUGCCCCCCUCCAUCUCUGCCCCCCUCCAUCUCUGCCCCCUCCAUCUCUGCCCCCCUCCAUCUCUGCCCCCCUCCAUCUCUGCCCCCCUCCAUCUCUGCCCCCCUCCAUCUCUGCCCCCCUCCAUCUCUGCCCCCCUCCAUCUCUGCCCCCCUCCAUCUCUGCCCCCCUCCAUCUCUGCCCCCUCCAUCUCUGCCCCCCUCCAUCUCUGCCCCCCUCCAUCUCUGCCCCCUCCAUCUCUGCCCCCCUCCAUCUCUGCCCCCCUCCAUCUCUGCCCCCCUCCAUCUCUGCCCCCCUCCAUCUCUGCCCCCUCCAUCUCUGCCCCCCUCCAUCUCUGCCCCCCUCCAUCUCUGCCCCCUCCAUCUCUGCCCCCCUCCAUCUCUGCCCCCCUCCAUCUCUGCCCCCCUCCAUCUCUGCCCCCUCCAUCUCUGCCCCCCUCCAUCUCUGCCCCCCUCCAUCUCUGCCCCCCUCCAUCUCUGCCCCCCUCCAUCUCUGCCCCCCUCCAUCUCUGCCCCCUCCAUCUCUGCCCCCUCCAUCUCUGCCCCCCUCCAUCUCUGCCCCCCUCCAUCUCUGCCCCCCUCCAUCUCUGCCCCCCUCCAUCUCUGCCCCCCUCCAUCUCUGCCCCCCUCCAUCUCUGCCCCCCUCCAUCUCUGCCCCCCUCCAUCUCUGCCCCCCUCCAUCUCUGCCCCCUCCAUCUCUGCCCCCCCUCCAUCUCUGCCCCCCUCCAUCUCUGCCCCCCUCCAUCUCUGCCCCCCUCCAUCUCUGCCCCCCUCCAUCUCUGCCCCCGCCAUCUCUGCCCCCCCCACUCCAUCUCUGCCCCCCUCCAUCUCUGCCCCCCUCCAUCUCUGCCCCCCCUCCAUCUCUGCCCCCCUCCAUCUCUGCCCCCCUCCAUCUCUGCCCCCCUCCAUCUCUGCCCCCCUCCAUCUCUGCCCCCCUCCAUCUCUGCCCCCCUCCAUCUCUGCCCCCUCCAUCUCUGCCCCCCUCCAUCUCUGCCCCCCUCCAUCUCUGCCCCCCUCCAUCUCUGCCCCCCUCCAUCUCUGCCCCCUCCAUCUCUGCCCCCCUCCAUCUCUGCCCCCCUCCAUCUCUGCCCCCCUCCAUCUCUGCCCCCCUCCAUCUCUGCCCCCCUCCAUCUCUGCCCCCCUCCAUCUCUGCCCCCUCCAUCUCUGCCCCCCUCCAUCUCUGCCCCCCCUCCAUCUCUGCCCCCCUCCAUCUCUGCCCCCCUCCAUCUCUGCCCCCCUCCAUCUCUGCCCCCCUCCAUCUCUGCCCCCCUCCAUCUCUGCCCCCCUCCAUCUCUGCCCCCUCCAUCUCUGCCCCCCUCCAUCUCUGCCCCCCUCCAUCUCUGCCCCCCUCCAUCUCUGCCCCCCUCCAUCUCUGCCCCCCAUCCAUCUCUGCUCCCCCCUCCAUCUCUGCCCCCCUCCAUCUCUGCCCCCUCCAUCUCUGCCCCCCUCCAUCUCUGCCCCCCUCCAUCUCUGCCCCCCUCCAUCUCUGCCCCCCUCCAUCUCUGCCCCCUCCAUCUCUGCCCCCCUCCAUCUCUGCCCCCCUCCAUCUCUGCCCCCCUCCAUCUCUGCCCCCCUCCAUCUCUGCCCCCCUCCAUCUCUGCCCCCCUCCAUCUCUGCCCCCCUCCAUCUCUGCCCCCCUCCAUCUCUGCCCCCUCAUCUCUGCCACCCUCCAUCUCUGCCCCCCUCCAUCUCUGCCCCCCUCCAUCUCUGCCCCCUCCAUCUCUGCCCCCCUCCAUCUCUGCCCCCCUCCAUCUCUGCCCCCCCUCCAUCUCUGCCCCCCUCCAUCUCUGCCCCCCUCCAUCUCUGCCCCCCCUCCAUCUCUGCCCCCCUCCAUCUCUGCCCCCCCUCCAUCUCUGCCCCCCUCCAUCUCUGCCCCCCUCCAUCUCUGCCCCCCCUCCAUCUCUGCCCCCCUCCAUCUCUGCCCCCCUCCAUCUCUGCCCCUCAUCUCUGCCCCCCUCCAUCUCUGCCCCCUCCAUCUCUGCCCCCCUCCAUCUCUGCCCCCCUCCAUCUCUGCCCCCCUCCAUCUCUGCCCCCCUCCAUCUCUGCCCCCCUCCAUCUCUGCCCCCCUCCAUCUCUGCCCCCCUCCAUCUCUGCCCCCCUCCAUCUCUGCCCCCCUCCAUCUCUGCCCCCCUCCAUCUCUGCCCCCCUCCAUCUCUGCCCCCCUCCAUCUCUGCCCCCCUCCAUCUCUGCCCCCCCUCCAUCUCUGCCCCCCUCCAUCUCUGCCCCCCUCCAUCUCUGCCCCCCUCCAUCUCUGCCCCCCUCCAUCUCUGCCCCCCUCCAUCUCUGCCCCCCUCCAUCUCUGCCCCCCUCCAUCUCUGCCCCCCUCCAUCUCUGCCCCCCUCCAUCUCUGCCCCCCCUCCAUCUCUGCCCCCCUCCAUCUCUGCCCCCCUCCAUCUCUGCCCCCCUCCAUCUCUGCCCCCCUCCAUCUCUCUGCCCCCCUCCAUCUCUGCCCCCCUCCAUCUCUGCCCCCCCUCCAUCUCUGCCCCCCCUCCAUCUCUGCCCCCCUCCAUCUCUGCCCCCCUCCAUCUCUGCCCCCCUCCAUCUCUGCUGCCCCUCCAUCUCUGCCCCCCUCCAUCUCUGCCCCCCUCCAUCUCUGCCCCCCUCCAUCUCUGCCCCCCUCCAUCUCUGCCCCCCCCUCCAUCUCUGCCCCCCUCCAUCUCUGCCCCCCCUCCAUCUCUGCCCCCCUCCAUCUCUGCCCCCCUCCAUCUCUGCCCCCCUCCAUCUCUGCCCCCCUCCAUCUCUGCCCCCCUCCAUCUCUGCCCCCCUCCAUCUCUGCCCCCCUCCAUCUCUGCCCCCCUCCAUCUCUGCCCCCCUCCAUCUCUGCCCCCCUCCAUCUCUGCCCCCCCUCCAUCUCUGCCCCCCUCCAUCUCUGCCCCCCUCCAUCUCUGCCCCCCUCCAUCUCUGCCCCCCUCCAUCUCUGCCCCCCUCCAUCUCUGCCCCCCUCCAUCUCUGCCCCCUCCAUCUCUGCCCCCCUCCAUCUCUGCCCCCCUCCAUCUCUGCCCCCCCUCCAAUCUCUGCCCCCCUCCAUCUCUGCCCCCCCUCCAUCUCUGCCCCCCUCCAUCUCUGCCCCCCUCCAUCUCUGCCCCCUCCAUCUCUGCCCCCCUCCAUCUCUGCCCCCCUCCAUCUCUGCCCCCCUCCAUCUCUGCCCCCCUCCAUCUCUGCCCCCCUCCAUCUCUGCCCCCCUCCAUCUCUGCCCCCCUCCAUCUCUGCCCCCUCCAUCUCUGCCUCCCCUCCAUCUCUGCCCCCCUCCAUCUCUGCCCCCCUCCAUCUCUGCCCCCCUCCAUCUCUGCCCCCCUCCAUCCUCUGCCCCCCUCCAUCUCUGCCCCCCUCCAUCUCUGCCCCCCUCCAUCUCUGCCCCCCUCCAUCUCUGCCCCCCUCCAUCUCUGCCCCCCUCCAUCUCUGCCCCCCUCCAUCUCUGCCCCCCUCCAUCUCUGCCCCCCUCCAUCUCUGCCCCCCUCCAUCUCUGCCCCCCUCCAUCUCUGCUCCCCUCCAUCUCUGCCCCCCUCCAUCUCUGCCCCCCUCCAUCUCUGCCCCCCUCCAUCUCUGCCCCCCCUCCAUCUCUGCCCCCCUCCAUCUCUGCCCCCCUCCAUCUCUGCCCCCCUCCAUCUCUGCCCCCCUCCAUCUCUGCCCCCCCUCCAUCUCUGCCCCCCUCCAUCUCUGCCCCCCCUCCAUCUCUGCCCCCCUCCAUCUCUGCCCCCCUCCAUCUCUGCCCCCCUCCAUCUCUGCCCCCCUCCAUCUCUGCCCCCCUCCAUCUCUGCCCCCCCUCCAUCUCUGCCCCCCUCCAUCUCUGCCCCCCCUCCAUCUCUGCCCCCCCUCCAUCUCUGCCCCCCUCCAUCUCUGCCCCCCUCCAUCUCUGCCCCCCUCCAUCUCUGCCCCCCUCCAUCUCUGCCCCCCUCCAUCUCUGCCCCCCUCCAUCUCUGCCCCCCUCCAUCUCUGCCCCCCUCCAUCUCUGCCCCCCUCCAUCUCUGCCCCCCUCCAUCUCUGCCCCCCCUCCAUCUCUGCCCCCCUCCAUCUCUGCCCCCCUCCAUCUCUGCCCCCCUCCAUCUCUGCCCCCCCUCCAUCUCUGCCCCCCUCCAUCUCUGCCCCCCUCCAUCUCUGCCCCCCCUCCAUCUCUGCCCCCCUCCAUCUCUGCCCCCCUCCAUCUCUGCCCCCCUCCAUCUCUGCCCCCCUCCAUCUCUGCCCCCCCUCCAUCUCUGCCCCCCCUCCAUCUCUGCCCCCCUCCAUCUCUGCCCCCCUCCAUCUCUGCCCCCCCUCCCUCGUUGAAGCCCGGGCUCUCUUCCGCCGAGCCGCCCUAUUGGUCGGCACGCACGGGGCCGCCCUGACCAACCUCCUCUUCAUGCCACGUGGCGCUUUCCUACUGGAAAUCCGCCCCCGGGGUUACCCUAACGCGUGUUACCACCACCUAGCCAGCGUGUCGCAGAUGCACUAUUGGCUGCUGCUGGGGAAUGGGACAAAAGACUCCGCCCUGCAAGUGGACACGGGGGAGGUGCUAUCUACGAUAAGGGAAGUUGCUGGAAAGGUGUUUGCUGCUCUGAGGGGAGAGCCGAAAGACAUGGGGGAGAGGUUGGAAGAGAGAGCAAAAAGGGGAGAGGAAGAGGAAGGAAAGAAAGUAAAGGAGGGGAGCAUUGCAGGGGCAAAGAGCGGAGGGAAAGAGAUUGGCAGCAGUGGUGGUGCCGCUGGUACCUCUACUGCUACUGGGACUGAAGCAGCUACUGCAGCGACUGCUGAUAGCAGCAACACCACACCAUCUGACGCCACUGGCACUGCUGCCACCACCCACCUUAUCAGCACAGGCUCCUCUACGCCUACACCUUCUCUCUCCAGCCCCCUUAUCUCUUCCUCCACCCCCAUCCCCACCUCCCUCCCCACUGACACCACCACUCCCUCCGCUCCCCCCUCUCUCACCCCCAUCCCGCCCCUCCCUCCGCCCACCUUCCCCAUCCCCCUCUCCACCUCCCCCUCCGCGCUCCCCGCCACCUUCCCCUCGGGCUGCGCGUGCUACCGGCUCCGCAACGCCUUCUGCUGCACCCAGGCCGUCUGCGUCUGCCGCAACGUCUGCUACAACGGGUCGGCGUUGCUCGGCAGAUACGGACCCGAUAUCACAGAUACCACCGACACCACCGAUACCACCGACAGCACCAGCAGCACCAGCAGCACCACUUUCCCCCCGCGCCCCCCCCACCCCUGCCUCCCCCCGGUACACGCCCCCGCCACAGCCAACAAAUCCGCGCUGCUCUCUCCCACGUCCUGCUCCAACCUGCCUCAGUUCGGCCGCAUGCUGAGAUCAGCGCUCUCAGAGGCGCCGGUGAAAGGCGGGCUGCAGGCCGCGGGGGAUGGGCGGUGGCGGCGGUGGGUUGGGGGGGAGGCGGAGUGGCGCAUGGGGGGGACCCUGUUUGUGCCUCUCACACACCAGACCACCAACGUGGCUCACUUUCUAGGCAAGGCGGCGCACAUCCUGCUCGUGAACAACGUGACCUCCAAGGCAGAUCAAUUUGACGCGCCUGUAGUAACAUCGCCUCCUAUUCUCUCUGCCCCCUCACGUGCAGGCAAGGCGGCACACAUCCUGCUGGUGAACAAUGUGACAUCCAAGACAGAUCAAUUUGACGCGCCUGUAGUAACAUCGCCUCCUAUUCUCUCUGCCCCCUCACGUGCAGGCAAGGCGGCACACAUCCUGCUGGUGAACAAUGUGACAUCCAAGACAGAUCAAUUUGACGCGCCUGUAGUAGCAUCGCCUCCUAUUCUCUCUGCCCCCUCACGUGCAGGCAAGGCGGCACACAUCCUGCUCGUGAACAAUGUGACAUCCAAGACAGAUCAAUUUGACGCGCCUGUAGUAACAUCGCCUCCUAUUCUCUCUGCCCCCUCACGUGCAGGCAAGGCGGCACACAUCCUGCUCGUGAACAAUGUGACAUCCAAGUCAGGCCUGCCACGUGUCGAUCGGUUUCUGCUGCCCCGUGCUGACUGGACCGUGCACAGGAGCACGGCCCACACGGCUGGCUGCCUUCCAGGCUGCACCUCCUCCUUCCCUCUCCUACCCGUUAUGCCUCCCUGUUACUCACAGCGCUCAUGCUCCCCGUAUCUCCUUCCCUCUCAGAAUGAAGGAGCACGGCCCACACGGCUGCCUGCCUUCCAGGCUGCACCUCCUCCUUCCCUCUCCUACCCGUUAUGCCUCCCUGUUACUCACACCGCUCAUGCUCCCCGUAUCUCCUUCCCUCAGAAUGAAGGAGCACGGCCCACACGGCUGGCUACCCUCCAUGCUGCACCACCUCCUCCGCAUGUCUCUCCUGUGCAAUCGACUCACACCUCUUUCUCUCCCACUUCUUCUCCUAACCUGUUCCCCACCCUGCUUCCUUCUCAGGAUGAAGGAGCACGGCCCACACGGCUGGCUACCCUCCAUGCUGCACCACCUCCUCCGCAUGUCUCUCCUGUGCAAUCGACUCACACCUCUUUCUCUCCCACUUCUUCUCCUAACCUGUUCCCCACCCUGCUUCCUUCUCAGGAUGAAGGAGCACGGCCCACACGGCUGGCUACCCUCCAUGCUGCACCACCUCCUCCGCAUGUCUCUCCUGUGCAAUCGACUCACACCUCUUUCUCUCCCACUUCUUCUCCUAACCUGUUCCCCACCCUGCUUCCUUCUCAGGAUGAAGGAGCACGGCCCACACGGCUGGCUACCCUCCAUGCUGCACCACCUCCUCCGCAUGUCUCUCCUGUGCAAUCGACUCACACCUCUUUCUCUCCCACUUCUUCUCCUAACCUGUUCCCCACCCUGCUUCCUUCUCAGGAUGAAGGAGCACGGCCCACACGGCUGGCUACCCUCCAUGCUGCACCACCUCCUCCGCAUGUCUCUCCUGUGCAAUCGACUCACACCUCUUUCUCUCCCACUUCUUCUCCUAACCUGUUCCCCACCCUGCUUCCUUCUCAGGAUGAAGGAGCACGGCCCACACGGCUGGCUACCCUCCAUGCUGCACCACCUCCUCCGCAUGUCUCUCCUGUGCAAUCGACUCACACCUCUUUCUCUCCCACUUCUUCUCCUAACCUGUUCCCCACCCUGCUUCCUUCUCAGGAUGAAGGAGCACGGCCCACACGGCUGGCUACCCUCCAUGCUGCACCACCUCCUCCGCAUGUCUCUCCUGUGCAAUCGACUCACACCUCUUUCUCUCCCACUUCUUCUCCUAACCUGUUCCCCACCCUGCUUCCUUCUCAGGAUGAAGGAGCACGGCCCACACGGCUGGCUACCCUCCAUGCUGCACCACCUCCUCCGCAUGUCUCUCCUGUGCAAUCGACUCACACCUCUUUCUCUCCCACUUCUUCUCCUAACCUGUUCCCCACCCUGCUUCCUUCUCAGGAUGAAGGAGCACGGCCCACACGGCUGGCUACCCUCCAUGCUGCACCACCUCCUCCGCAUGUCUCUCCUGUGCAAUCGACUCACACCUCUUUCUCUCCCACUUCUUCUCCUAACCUGUUCCCCACCCUGCUUCCUUCUCAGGAUGAAGGAGCACGGCCCACACGGCUGGCUACCCUCCAUGCUGCACCACCUCCUCCGCAUGUCUCUCCUGUGCAAUCGACUCACACCUCUUUCUCUCCCACUUCUUCUCCUAACCUGUUCCCCACCCUGCUUCCUUCUCAGGAUGAAGGAGCACGGCCCACACGGCUGGCUACCCUCCAUGCUGCACCACCUCCUCCGCAUGUCUCUCCUGUGCAAUCGACUCACACCUCUUUCUCUCCCACUUCUUCUCCUAACCUGUUCCCCACCCUGCUUCCUUCUCAGGAUGAAGGAGCACGGCCCACACGGCUGGCUACCCUCCAUGCUGCACCACCUCCUCCGCAUGUCUCUCCUGUGCAAUCGACUCACACCUCUUUCUCUCCCACUUCUUCUCCUAACCUGUUCCCCACCCUGCUUCCUUCUCAGGAUGAAGGAGCACGGCCCACACGGCUGGCUACCCUCCAUGCUGCACCACCUCCUCCGCAUGUCUCUCCUGUGCAAUCGACUCACACCUCUUUCUCUCCCACUUCUUCUCCUAACCUGUUCCCCACCCUGCUUCCUUCUCAGGAUGAAGGAGCACGGCCCACACGGCUGGCUACCCUCCAUGCUGCACCACCUCCUCCGCAUGUCUCUCCUGUGCAAUCGACUCACACCUCUUUCUCUCCCACUUCUUCUCCUAACCUGUUCCCCACCCUGCUUCCUUCUCAGGAUGAAGGAGCACGGCCCACACGGCUGGCUACCCUUCAUGCUGCACCACCUCCUCCGCAUGUCUCUCCUGUGCAAUCGACUCACACCUCUUUCUCUCCCACUUCUUCUCCUAACCUGUUCCCCACCCUGCUUCCUUCUCAGGAUGAAGGAGCACGGCCCACACGGCUGGCUACCCUCCAUGCUGCACCACCUCCUCCGCAUGUCUCUCCUGUGCAAUCGACUCACACCUCUUUCUCUCCCACUUCUUCUCCUAACCUGUUCCCCACCCUGCUUCCUUCUCAGGAUGAAGGAGCACGGCCCACACGGCUGGCUACCCUCCAUGCUGCACCACCUCCUCCGCAUGUCUCUCCUGUGCAAUCGACUCACACCUCUUUCUCUCCCACUUCUUCUCCUAACCUGUUCCCCACCCUGCUUCCUUCUCAGGAUGAAGGAGCACGGCCCACACGGCUGGCUACCCUCCAUGCUGCACCACCUCCUCCGCAUGGCGCUCCAACCAAUCCCGAGCACGGCCCACACGGCUGGCUACCCUCAAUGCUGCACCUCCUCCUCCGCAUGGCCCUCGAGCCGCUCCUCCCCGCCUCCCUCCUCCCCUCCCUCCUCGCAUCCAUCUCGCCCUCCUCGCUCCUCGCCGCCGGCCCUCUGGCUGGUGGGCGGGUGGAGUUUGAGGGGCAGUUGAAUGCAGCCAGCGAUGAGAGGCCCAUGUGCUUCCAGACGCUUGUCGUUCCUGGAUUUCUCAAGGCCAUCACAUUCAACGGUAUGGCGGAGGAGGCAGAGGUGGUGAGGCAGCGACUGAGGGAGGUGUUUCUCACGCCUGACGGCCAACCAGUGCCCGAUAUCAUGGCCGCGAGCUCUGGUGGUGGUGGAAGUGCUGGAACUUUUCAACCGGAUGGAUUUCCAGGUGACAAUGACAGAAUACGCCGUCCUCCCUUUCUCCCAACAGCUAGCCCUCACUGA